GAUAAGUUUAAACUGGCCAGUUUUAGUUCUCGACUUCUCGUGAAAGAUAAACGGAUGAGUAGUGUCUGUCAUCGCUGUCAUUUCAACGCAACUGUUUCGUUUUUACUCUUCUCAGUAAUUAUUAAGGAAGUCCAGGAAUAUUGAGUUUAAUAUUUCUUACCAAUACGUCCAUCGGCCACGCCAUUAGUCAUGGAAGUUGGAGAUGAAAAUUUACCGCCAUCGAUUCAAACAAUAAUUAAAACUGAAAGCACCGUUUGUGCUAGCCCACGUUCCCCAGGAGCUGUCAGAUCUGUCUUGGCUGAUGUCAACACGUCAAAAUCCUUUGUGUGUGAGACAAAAAUCAUGAACGAGCUGGGUUCGGGGACAAACGAAGAAGAGAAAUGCGAAGCAGUUGCCGUGGACCUGGAUGCAGAGGCUUGGUCUGAACGGACAGCCGUCAUCACCCGUUAUGAUCAUGAGACCCACUGCGAUCUGGCCCGUGGCUUCGUUGAGGAUCUAGCUAACAAAGUCGUAGAAGAAAACUUUAAGGAACCUGAGCAGAAGAAAGAAAACUUCAAAGCACCCACUUCGUUACAUUUGAAAAAACAGAAACUCUUUUUGCCUGAUUUGGUACCCAACGUUGCCGCAUCGGGACCUCCAACCGAUGUUGUUUCUGAAUCGGACGAAUACGAAAGCGCUGACGAACAGCCACAAUUGCAAGAUACUCUAUACCUGGACUCGACUGUCCAUCCGUCAACAGCUUUUGACGCGUCUACGCCAAUUGACACUCCUGGUUGGCAUUUAGAUUUCGAUUCGUCUCACGUCUUUCCUGUUGGUGAUGUCACUGUCGAUGCUAGUCUUAAAGACUACUCAUUGCCAACUGUAGAUUCAGCACCGGAGAGUUUGCCCCAUAUUCCCGCAGUAAACGCGGUACCCAAGGAAGAAACAGAUUCAUUGGGUGCUAUAGCCAAUUUCCCUGCCAGGACUUCGCAACCGUUUUCACCUUCGUCUGGAUCUGACGUUGAUGUCUCCGUUUUAGAUUCCGAAUCCGAUACACUAGCAGCAGUGACACCCAUCAAUCCGUCGAAUGAAGUGGAUGUCGACUUAAUUACUCAGUUUGAACGUUUGAUGCUCUCGAAGCAAGUGCUAUCUAAACAAUCACCUGCUACGCCAACUUUAAACACAACUUUCCCGUUGAGUGAGGACGAGAACACACCCAUUGUCGCUGUGAAUCAAACUGUUUCUUCUUCGGUAUACGAGGAAGAAGACAUCCUUCCUGCUGACGCAACACGGGACGUUUUGUCUGUCACGCGAGACGUUUCUGUCACUAAUCAAGACGACUCUGAAUUUGCUUCGUUUCUUGACCAGCCAUCGGAGCAUAGCUCAUUUGCUGAUUUGAAAGGUCAUCCCAGGACCAAAAAUUUCAUUAAUGAUCCAGAUUGUUCAUCGUCAAUCGUCGAGGAUCAAAAACCUCAAGUAAUUGAAGAAGAGAACGAGGAAAUUGACGGCUGUCAAGAAGAAAUUGUUCCAGUUGUAGAAGAAGAAAUAAUUUCAACUGUCGAAGAAUCUGUUCCAGUUGUAGAAGAAGAAAUAAUUUCAACUGUCGAAGAAUCUGUUCCAGUUAAAGAAGAAGUAGCUUCAACUGUCGUAGAAACUGUUCCAGUUAAAGAGGAAGAAAAUACUCCAGCUCAAGAAGAAGUAGUAGUUUCGACUGUCGAAGAAACUGUUCCAGUUGUGGAGGAAGAAACUGUUCCAGCUGAAGAAAAAGAAAUUGUUCCAGCUGAAGAAAAAGUAAUUGUUUUAGAAGGAACCGUUCCGGACUUGAAAGAAGAAAUUGUUCCGGCCGUGGAGGAAACAGUUUCUGUUGAGGAAAAACAAACUGCUGUCCAAGAGAAAACUGACCCAGUCGUCGAAUUGAAUAGGACUGUUCCUGUCGUCGAAGAGGAAAUUGUUCCAGUCGCCGAAGAGGAAAUUGUUCCAGUCAACGAAGAGGAAACUGUUCCAGUCGCCGAAGAGGAAAUUGUUCCAGUCGCCGAAGAGGAAAUUGUUCCAGUCAACGAAGAGGAAACUGUUCCUGUUGUCGAAAAAGAAACCGUUUUGGUUGUUGAGGAGACGGUUCCAGUUCUCGAAUCGGAAGUUGUUCCAGUCAUCGAAGGAGAACCUGUUUCAGUCGUCGAAAAAGAAACUGUUGCAAUCGAGGAAGAUCAAAUUGUUUCUGAAAAGAAAACAGUUCCAGACGAGGAAGAGCAAAACCCUGCUGUCACUGAGGAACUUAGCUUGACGAUCAACAAAGAAGAAAUCGUUUCAGUUGUUGAAGAGCAGCCAACUUCUAUCAUCGAGAUCGCCGGGGCCUUAGAGCCGGUUGAUAUCAGUAGCAGCGAAGUUGACACGGUUCCAGCUGAAGGCGAUUCGACUUUCGCUUCUACUGGUGAACAAACCGUUUUGAACGCAGCUGACAAAAGUUGUCCCGCUGAAGUCAGCGAAGCCCCUAGCGAAGAAAACCAAACAUCUGCAGUAACUGAAGACGUUUUGCCUGAACUGUCAUCAGCAGACGCCGAGACGACUGCAGUCAAACCGACAAGUUUACCAGAAGAAAAGCCAAUUGUAACCAAGAAAGGUUACGACCUCAGUUUUUUGGAUAGAUUUGAUGAUCUAGAGAACGCUACUCCAUCUAUCAGUCAAGCUAAACUUCUACCCCAGCUCUCGACCCCGAUUUCCGACUCUUCUGCUUUAAGAGUUAUUACGGAACAAGAAAGCGGUCCGUCUACUCCAGUUGAUCAACAGGUGGAAAAAGACGAGGCUGUUGUCACGACUCCCCAAGUGGACGUCGACCAAGAAACUUCAUUCAUUCCCAUCACGUCACAAGAAUCUGAAGAGAGUAAAGUGCCCGCUCAAGACGAAACUAUCGUGGAAGAAAAACCAGCAGAAGUUUCAGUACACUCUGACACUGGGCGAGAAGCCUGUGAAGAGGCCCCGUUGAUUGUACCUAAAAAGGGUUACGACUUGAGUUUCCUGGACAAACUGGAAGACUUGGAAAACGCGUCGCCUGUCGCCACUGUUAACGGAUCUCAAGAGACCAAGAUGAAGGAAAGUAUGUCGACAAACGAUAAGGAAGCUGAGCCAACUGAAGAGCAACAAUCCUCUGAAUCCAAAUCAGAGAAACCAGCUGGAACAAGUCCAACCAAGAAAGCACCUUUUGUACGCAAACCCAUCCGUCCCCGAGUCGCCCGACCAGCAGCUAAUGUUGCAAAAUCGGAUGCGUUCGAAGUUGAGUUUGCUUUCGAUCCGAACGAGGAUCCUUUCAAACCCAAAAAGAAAUUAGGAGCCUCGCCAACUAGGGAUGGUAGUCCAAAAACACAAAAUGAUGUCAUUACCUCCCCCAAUCACGUUGACAACACCGAAGCCAACAGUACUGUGAUCGAAAGCAUUCCUCAGUCGAUGUCACCCAAACCUGAAAUAGUCAGUGAAAGGUUGUCAAACAAUGGUAGUGACCAAGAAGAAUUCCGACCGGCCCAGGAAGUCUUUCAUGAUCCCUCAGAGCUGGAUUUCCUCAUGCAACACGGUGGCGCUACGCACGAUAUUGCUUUAGCUAGGCAAUCACUAUUUGUGAAAUUUGAUCCGCUUGUUACGGGAAGGCCUAGUAUGUUUCCACCCCGCUCAUCCGAUGCUGGUGGAGAUGACACAAUACUUGCGGAAGAGGAUGCCGCUCGUAAAUCUGCUGGAGAGAGUUUAUUCCUCUUCAGCCCACCACAUUCUUCUAGUGCACCUAAAGUGGAAAGAACUGAGCCGGUUGAAAAGUCAAAUCCGCCCGAGUGCCUAAUGUCCAGUCAUAAUGUGGCUGGAGAUGUUCUUAGUCUGAAUGAACACAAGGAGGCAUUGAAGUUACAAGAAUUGUUGUUCCAAGACAAAUUACUUCAAAAGGAACGAGAAAUUCUGAUGAAAGAGAAUGAAAAUCAGGAUAUGAAGUCUAAAUAUGAAGCCACUGUUGAAGCCCAAGCCCAGAUGAGACAAAUUGUCGGUGAAUAUGAGAAGACGAUAUCUCAAUUGAUUGCUGAAAAGGAGCGGGAAAAGGCCAACAUGGAGACCACCCUGCAAAGUACGAUCAAGGAGAGAGAUCAGGCGAUCGAAGACGUCAAAGAAGUGGAACGUGCUUUUAGCGAAUUUCACCGCAUGUACGAGCGUAAUCGCACAGCAGCCGAGAAUUUGCAUAAGAAUGAAGAAGCUUUGAAGAAGGCCCUAGCGGCCUACCAGGAAAGAUUGCAGCAGGAGCAACACAAAUACGAGACGCUGAAGCUGCAUGCCGCUCAGAAACUCGAAGGAGCUCAACAAGAAAUGGAGAAUUUGAAGCGUAAUCUUGAAGGCGAGAGUUCUCGGGUGAAGGCUCAGCUCAAGAAAACUGAGAUGAGACUGGCGUCGGUCGAGCAAAGUCUGGAACAGAAAUCCAAAGAGAACGAGGAGCUCACCACUUUGUGCGAUGAACUUAUUAACAAAUUAGGAUCCAGUGCUAAGUAAAACACGAAAGUACCACGCGACGUCGUUAACCAUUUCAGAAUAAUUAAUUUUUCAUUGCUAUCUAAACUUCGAUAUUCACUUUUUUAAGUUGGUCUCUUUUCCUUUUUUGUUUUUAUAACCUUUCGCUUAAAGCUCUUUUGUGUGCCUUGCCUAUUCAUCACCUGUCGCGAUAAUAAUUUCUACGACUCUCGGGGAGUCUGUUCACCCACUCUUGUAACAUAAUUAAUUCAGGAAUUAAAUGUUUCACGGACGCGUAGAGCGGCCAAGAACCAUCCACGUGCAAAGGAAAUCAAUA